GGACUGUAUACUCUUAUUUGUUGAGGUUUCUUCUCCAGAUCUUAACAGGUGUCUUGUAAGCUCGUAUCAUUUCAGGAGUGUUGGGUCUAGAGUUGCUUUACUGACCUGAAAUAAACAACAGAGAUUCAGUGAUAGUGGAAAUCUGCAGUAAAGAGAGUCAUGCCGCAGCUGGUGGUGAAGAUCAUCGGUGGAAAACACAUUAGAAAUUUUACUGAUGCAGUUAAAAGUCCAACAGAUGAUGCAACAAACAGCUCAGAGGAGAAACAAAGUCUUCAUACCAAAGAUACUCAAGAAGAUUUAGGCAGAAAAUCAUCUUCAGAUUUGGAGCUUUUGAGAGCAGAAGAACACACAAAGAAUCUGCUGGCUUCCAUCAGACAGGUUCCAGACAGACAGUGUGUGACAGCACCAUGUGGAGAUCGCUCUGGAUCCUACAUACAUCUGAAGACCAACGUGACAAACACAAAACAACUCUUGACACAUACAAAUAUGCUAAUAAAAACAAACACAGAGAGCUGUCUCCUCUCAGCUAUCUAUGAAGAACUGCAGGGUUUGGAUUCACAGAUAACCCAGAACAUCGAGAAGAAACUGAUGGAUCUUGACCCGUCACAUUCAGGAAUCAUUCAUCAGUCAGAACUUACAUAUCUCCUUCUCAAACAGAAGAUUCCUCUGAAGCUCACAACACUCUCCUGUAUCUUUAAAUCCUUCAGUGAUGCUAACAACCCGGAAAAGGUAGAUCCCUGAACCAAAUUCCUUGACUUUUCCCUUACUUUCACUGACUUAAAACUUGAAUUUCCAUGACCUAUGUCUGGGAUACCGUGAACCUGGAUAAUGUAGAGUAUGUAAAAGUGAGUGUA